AUGACAAAUGGUAUUUGUAUACGAACAAAUAAUGAUUAUGGUUUUUGUGAGGAAUAUCCAAAUUUCCUUCCACAAAUAUGGUUCUCAUGUCCUGGCCUAAAUUCCAAUCAGAUCUUUGGCACAGAUAAUAUGAUAUGCAAUCCGUAUCCAUAUGAUUCAGAAUCUUAUCAAAUUUUCUCCAAGGAUAAAUUCAUAUCUGAUGGACAGUGUAUCAUUCGAUAUAAAGAUCGCGAUUAUGAAGUGCACUGUUGUUGCUAUCAUUUUCGGCAGAACUGUACGAUACGAUUAGAUAAUAAAAUGCAUAUAUGUGCUGAUCGAACUGAGAUGGCAGAAAAUGGUAUUAAACAAACUGUUAUUACUACAACACUUCAAUCUUUACCACUUGGAAGUAGCUGCUUUACAUCUUUUCAAUUAAAUAUAACCGAUGAAGAAACGGUGCAUUUGAUUAGCACUUCAUAUGGUGUACCAACAAUGACCAGAAAUGACAUCCACCGAUGCUACCAGUAUAUCUCAGAAGAUCAGUCCAUACAAUGUUCUGCAACUGAAAGCUGCCAAAAGAUGUGCCCAUUAGUAGCGCCUAUUCCGGCUAAUUUAUCUCAUACGUUAACGGAAUUUGGUCAACAAGUUCUUAUCAAUAAUAACAACAAAUAUAUGCUAACAAAAUGCGCUUAUCGUCAUAUACUACAACAUAUUUUCUUCUCUAAAAUUUAUGCUAAUAAUUGCAUCUUAUACUAUGAUUUCAAUUUGAUGAAACCGUUAAAUCUCAUAUAUGGCUAUAAUAUGGAAUUUGAAAGUUCAGCGGAAGAAAUUUACGGUAGCAAAAACGAAUUGACCGUAGCUGAUGUUUUUGAAUAUAGAAAUCUGGAAAACCGUAAGAAUUAUUUUUUUUUGUCUCUCUAUUAA